UUAGAAAUUAUUGCAGUAAGAAAUUUUGAGACUACUCUUAACCCUUGCAUCCAUUUUCCUGAUUCAUCACCAAAACAAUGGCAGAGGCCCUCCUUUCUGCGUUCCUCGGAGUACUGUUUGACCGUCUGGCGUCUCCUGAGCUGCUCAACUUUGCUCGCCAAGAAGGACUUGAAAAGAAGCUGGAAAAGUGGAGCAAAAUGCUGCCAAGAAUUGAGGCAGUGCUUGAUGAUGCGGAGCAGAAACAAGAGAAUGGCGUCGCAGUGAAAAGGUGGCUGGAUGAUGUCAGAGACUUGGCUUACGAUGCAGAUGACAUACUCGAUGAAUUUGCCACGGAAGUUUUGCGACAGAAACUCACCGGAGGAAAUCAUGCCCGCACAAGUAAGGUACGGAAAUUAAUACAUGGUUUCACUCCAUGUGCUAUUAAGAUCAACAAUAAGCUGGGGUCAGAGAUGGAGGAAAUCACUGCUCGAUUCAACAAGAUGGUGAAGCAAAAAGAUGAUCUGAAAUUGAGUGAAAAUGUUGAUAGGAGAAGGUCAUACAGAACAAGGGAGAUACUGGCGCCAACUUCUGUAGUAACCGAAGCUCAUGUUUAUGGUAGGGAAAAAGAUAAAGAGGCUCUACUUGAAUUUGUGCUGGGUGAAAAAGGUGGAGAUGUUCAACUCUCUGUGAUUCCUAUAAUUGGUAUGGGGGGUAUAGGAAAGACAACUCUUGCCCAGCUUGUGUACAAUGAUGAAAAAGUUGAGAGCUUUUUUAAUCUGAAGGCAUGGGCUUGUGUUUCUGAAGAUUUUGAUGCUGUUAGGGUGACAAAAACAAUUUUACAGUCUUUCACCUCCGAAAACUGUGAGGGUAAGGAUCUAAAUUGGCUGCAAAACAAACUAAAGGAGAAACUGAAAGGGAAUAAGUUUUUUGUCGUUCUAGAUGAUCUUUGGAAUGAGAACUACCAUGAUUGGAGUAUCCUGCGUGCUCCUUUCGAAGCAGGGGCUCCGAGAAGUACAAUUGUCAUCACAACUCGCAAUAAGGGAGUUUCAUCAAAGACAGGUACCAUUCCAGCUGCUUACUCUCUGAAAGAGUUGUCGAAUGAUGUUUGUUUGUCUAUAUUGGCACAUCAUGCAUUGGGGACAAGGGACUUCAGUGCACAUCUAAACCUCAAAGGUAUUGGUGAGGAAAUAGUUAAAAGGUGUAAAGGCUCCCCUUUGGCAGCAAAAGUACUCGGAGGCGUCUUGCGCAAUAAAAUGGACCAUGAUGAGUGGGAAGAUGCAUUGAAAAGCAAGAUAUGGGAUUUACCAGAAGUGGAAAGUGAAAUUGCCCCAGCUCUUAUGUUGAGCUAUCAUCAUCUCCCUUCACAUUUAAAGAGGUGUUUUGCGUAUUGUUCACUACUCCCCAAGGACUACUUAUUUGAGGAGAAGCAGUUGGUUCUAUUAUGGAUGGCAGAAGGUUUACUUCAACCACAAGAAGGGAAAAGGCGAAUGGAAGAUUUGGGUAGCGAGUAUUUUCGCAAUCUGUUGUCGAGGUCAUUUUUCCAACAAUCAUUCAAGGAUGAAUCACAAUAUCUAAUGCAUGACCUCAUCAACGAUUUGGCUCAAUGGGUUGCAGGAGAUAUAUGCUUUAAAAUGGAGGAUAGAGUUUGGGAUAAUAAUGGAAGGAAACCUUCUACAAAGGCUCGACAUUCGUCUUACCUGGGUGGUCGACAUGAUGGCAUUCCAAAGUUUGAGGUUUUUAAUGAUCUCACACGUUUGCGAACCUUUCUGCCACUUAUGCUUCCAAAUCCAGGUUGGUGUUACUUGACUAGAAAUGUUCCUCUUAAAUUGUUUCCAAAAUUACGAUGCUUAAGGAUACUCUCGUUGAGUGGAUACCGUAUAUAUGAGUUACCAGAAUCAAUCGGUGAUUUGAAGCAUCUACGAUUCCUCGACUUUUCUUACACUCAAAUCAGAAGCUUACCUGAUUCAAUAGCCACUCUCUACAAUUUACAGACAUUGAUAUUGGAGCACUGUUAUAAUCUGAAGAAAUUGCCUUCAACGUUUUGUAACCUAGUCAAUCUUCGACAUCUCAACAUUCAAAGUGCAUAUGCAUUGGAAGGAAUGCCUCCACAAAUGGGUAAAUUAACUUGUCUCCAAUCAUUGUCUAAUAUGGUUGUGGGAAAAGGUAGUUGUUCCGAGAUAAUAAAGGAGUUAGGGCCUUUGUUGUAUCUUCGAGAGACACUUUGCAUUGCAGGAUUGGAAAAUGUGAUUAAUCGUGAGGAUGCGAGGGACGCUAGGUUAAUUGAAAAGCACGAUCUCUAUGGUUUGUCAUUGGAAUGGAGUGGCAACUUAGAUGAAGCACAAGAUAGAAUAAGUGAAUUUGACGUACUUAACAUGCUUCAACCUCACAAGGGUUUGAAAGAGCUCACUAUCAGACGCUAUGGUUGUGCAGAAUUUCCAACCUGGUUAAAAGUUCCCUCAUUUUCUAAUAUGGUGCGCUUGGAGAUUGAAAGUUGUGCAAAGUGCACAUCAUUGCCAUCAGUGGGCCAAUUACCGUCACUCAAACACCUUUUAAUCAAAGGCGUGGUCUGUGUGAAAAAUAUUGGACUUGAUUUUUAUGGGGAUGAUUGCUCAGAACCUUUUAGAUCCUUGGAGACUUUGCAUUUUGAGAAUAUGCAGGAGUGGAAGAACUGGAUUCCUUGUGGAGAAAUCCCAAAACUGCGUAAGCUUUCUAUUACAAGGUGUCCUAAGCUGUUUGGUAUGUUACCAAAUCAUCUUCCUUUAUUAGAAAAUAUUGCGAUAAAUGAAUGCAGACAAUUGGCAAUUUCAAUUUCCAGCUUUCCGGAGCAUUGCAACCUAGAAAUUGAUGGAUCGAAAGGGGUAGUGCAUAAUGGUAAUGUUGAAUUCAGCUCACUAUGCUUCUCUUCUCUUUCAACAAUUUCAGAAUUCACGCAUCAAAUAGAAGGGUUAAUUAUGGAAGAUUUGACAAACGUGAAAGAUUUGAUGAUUAAAAGUUGCGAGGAGCUUAUGCCUUUGUGGUCAAAUGAUGUGGGAUUGCUACAACAUCUCCCAUGUCUUCGACUUCUGAAGAUUUUUGAUUGCUCCAAACUAGUUUCUUUGGUGGCAAAAGAAGUGGAGGAGCAGCUACAACUGGGUUUGCCAUCUAAACUCAGAGAAAUCGUGAUAACAAAUUGCGAGGUUCUGAAAUCUUUACCCAAGCCAAUGAUGUUCAACAACAUGUAUGUUGAGUGUAUUUAUAUUAGUGGUUGUACUUCACUGACGUACUUUGCAAUAAGCCAACUACCUCAAACUUUAAAGCGACUAAAUAUUGAAAAUUGUAAUAUGCUGAAUUUGGUGGAGGGAGAUGUUGUCAACAGUUGCAGUACCAACACAUCUCUUCUUGAGUUUUUGUAUAUUACUGAUUGUCCAUCCCUCAUAUCCUUGACGUCAACCGGAGAAUUACCUGCAACACUUACACAACUCCAAAUCUUGUCUUGUAAGAAGUUGGAGUCGAUAGCGAAGAGCUUCCAUCACAACUCGUCUCUUGAAUUCAUUUGUAUCCAAAGUUGUGAGAACCUUAAAUCCUUACCGAUGGGCAUACAGAGCCUCAGCCAUCUACGUAAGAUUUGUAUUCAAAAUUGUCAAACUAUUGUUUCGUUCCCUGACAAAGGGUUGCUCCCUGCCAACCUGAGAUCGCUUAGGAUUUUGGAUUGUGAGAAAAUGCAGGUCCUGCCCAACUGCAUACUAAACCUCACCUCUCUUGAAGACUUGUGGAUUAGAAAAUGUCCAAGCAUUAGUGUAUCCUUUUCGGAAGUAGGUUUUCACACCAACCUAACAUCACUUUCAAUCGAUUAUGUGGUAUCGUCUAAUGAGGCCUUUUUUGAGUGGGGAUUGUACAAGCUUACCUCUCUUAAAGAACUUCAAAUUUGCGGUGGCUCUUCACAUCUGGUGUCCUUCCCAGAGAUGAUGCUACCUGCCUCUCUAACCAGCCUCUCCAUCGAUGGCUUCCCGAAUUUGAAAUGCUUAUCUUCCAAAGGCUUUCAAGACCUUGCCUCUCUUGAAUAUUUGUUUAUCUAUUAUUGUGAAAAGCUCGCGUCCUUUCCAGAGGAUGGCUUCUCUCCCUCACUCCUGAAUCUUCAUAUCCAGAAUUGUCCUCUGCUGACCGAACGUUGCAAGAAAGAUCGAGGACCAGAGUGGUUCAAGAUAGCCCACAUCCCUUGCGUUUGGAUUGAUAAUAGGCACAUCAAUGAACCAGAGGAGGAGAAUCAGUGAAUCCGAGUUUUUGUUUGAUACAAGUCAAGUCUCAAGAAACAAAUCCAAAGGAGCAUAGGUGUUUGUUAAAAUGCCCAAGUGACCACGUCGAGAGAGGAG